CAUUAAAAUGUUUGAUCUGGUUUUCUGAAUAGAUAUUUUCAGAAUUUCAUAUUCGUAAUCCUUAUUCUAACCCAAACAAUGACGUUAUACGAAUAACGGAAACACGGAAAUCUUGAUAAAAUACCACAUAAUCCAGUUUAAGAUGCUUUAAGCUCAAUGCUAUGGCAAAAGCGUGCAAAUUUGUAUAAAUAUCAAAUGGUUUCAACACAUGGAUAUCAUUCACUCAACAACAGUCAGAAAAGACGUUACAUAUUUGAAAACUAAAAAUGCUGAUACAAAUUUGCGUUGUUUGCUCCAUUUUGUCCAUUUCCUUUGUAAAUGGUGCAGAUUUGGAUCAGGGAGCGACGAUCCUGCGUCAAGAAAAUAUCCUUGAUAAGGAUGGAACAUAUCAGUAUAGCUAUGCGACAAGCAAUGGUAUUGAAGCACAAGAAGAAGGGGAAGGCGGCGUCAAAGCAACUGGAUUCUACAAAUACACAAGUCCUGAAGGAGAAAAUAUUGAAGUUACCUAUGUUGCUGACGAAAACGGUUUUCAGCCAAGUAAUGCUCCUGUAUUACCUGAAAUUCCUCCCCUGAUACAAAAAGCUCUUGCUUACGUUGCCUCUCUUGCUGCCCGAAAAAAGUAGUUGUUGUUAGUUUAUAUGUACCU